AUGCCCGACAUAUACAGGGAAACCCGCACCUAUCGCGAACGGGAAGACUCUCCUUCUGACGAUGAGAGGAGGCGUACCACAUUACGGCGCUACAAGGGACUGGGACCGUCGGGGACCGAAGAAAGCGACUUGAGGAUGGAGAAGCGCAUCGAACGCACCUCGGACGGCGACGUCAAGAUCCAAAGGCGCUACCAAGAAUUCCAUGACCUUGAUGGCGAUGGCCGCCCAGACAUUGAACGUUAUCGGAAGGAAACCGAGUUUUACAGUCCGUACGACCCCUCUUCUUCACCAAACCCCUCACUGGUCGGCAACGAUCCCAACAUUGUUGUCCUCCGGGAAGACCCCCACCGUGAACUAGAAUUCGGCCCCUACCGCCGCGAGAGCGAGUAUGCCGUAGGGCGUCGCGACCGUAGGAAAGAUUAUGCCAGCGACGGCGAUGAUGAUGGCUACGUCGUCCAUCAUCGCCGCCGUCGGACUACCCUCCGGGACCGCAGCUCCUCCAGCUCCAGCGACGACCAUAAGCUUCACCUUGCCGAAGGCGCCAUCGCCGGAGCUGGCGUCACGGCCCUGCUCGCGACCCGCCGGAGCAAGCAUGGUGAGCUGCCGGAGAACCGUGGCCGCAAGGUGAUUGCUGGAGCUGCCCUUGGAGCCUUGGGUACUGAGGCUUUCAAGCGAGCUCGCAGCGCCAUCGACGAACGAUACGACCGUCAUCGUUCACCUUCUCGAGAUCGCCACUCCAAGAUCAAGACCGGUCUUGGCAUUGCUGCUGCUGCCCUCGCCGUGGCCGGGGCAACGCAGUAUUAUAAGGCGAGUAAGGUAGAGAAGGAGGAAGCUCGACGUGGCCGUAGCAGGAACAGGGGCUACCCGAGCGAUGGUUACUACUCCUCCCGGUCCCCGAGCCGCAAGAGGAGCCGUAGUAAAUCCAUCGCCAAGGCUGCUCUAGCCACUGCCGCCACUGCAGGCAUCGUCAAGCACUUCCGUAACAAGUCGAAAUCGAGGUCCCGAUCAAGGUCGAAGUCGGUCAAGGGCCGAUCUCGGUCUCGGUCGAGGCUACGAACUGGCGCUGAAAUCGCAGCGGCCGCCGUUGCCGGUGGCGCCGCCGGAAAGCUUUACAAGAAGCACAAGGAAAGAAGGAGGAGCGAGCCCGGUCUCGCUCCGUAUCUAGGGACUCUAGCUACUAUGAGCCCCGGAAUAGAUCGCGAUCUCGAUCGCGCAGCAGGCUUAGUUGAGAGCAGAUGGAAAGGGAUCGACCCGGAGCAGGAGUCGAUUGCGAGACAUGGCCGCGGCAGCAAUGGGGACUGGUGCGGCCGCCAUGGGAUUGAAGGAAUACAAGAACAGGAAGAAGUCAAGGAACGAGAAAGGGAUGUGGCGAGUGAUAGGGAAGCGGCUUCUGCCGAGGAGCGAAGGGAGAGAAGGCGCCGCGACCGCGAUAGAAGACGCUACGAGGACGAUGCCCGUUAUGACGACGACGGGUACCCGCCAUCCCCUCCCCACGCAUCCGGGGGCUACUCGGGUCCUCGAAUGUCUGGUGCGAAUGCGGAUCCGGAUGACUACUCAUCAUAUCCGCCCCAAACCUAUUUCCCGCCACCUUCUGCCGACACGCCAUCUCCUUAUCCCCCGGGCCCCCUGCCGGACCCGGAGCACCCGCCUACGAUGCUUACGUACCAUACACACCUCCACCACCCGGGUCGAAUGCAUAUCCCCGCCUCCACCGCCAGGGGCUGA